AUGCUCCGCAUAUCCUCACCGUUCACUUCGCGCCUGAGUACGCGCCAGCUGCUUUUCUCAAGCAGACCCUUAACCCGCUUUCAGCGACUCUACACUUCUCAAUCCCAACCGCAGCAUCAGGUUACAAAAUGCUGCUCGAAGAAGGAAAAGGAAAAUGAGACUCGAAAAUCUGUUCUCACAUUAUCCUUCUGGUCAUCUAAACAAGGCUGGAAGCGCGCAGCUGUGAACACCCUCCGCUGCCUGGCGGGAUGCACACUAGGUGAUUUCUCGGCGCUGUGGGUGCUGCAAAGUUUCUAUGGGCAUUGGGGGAUGGGUGCCAUUAUGGGUGUUUCUAUGGCGAGUGGAAUCACCACGUCAAUCCUUCUGGAGACUGUCCUGCUCCGACGUGGAGCGGACAAGCUUCCCUGGGGACUGGCGUUUCGGACUGCGACGGGUAUGAGCCUCGUCUCCAUGCUGGCCAUGGAGACGGUGCAGAAUCUGGUGGAUUACCAUCUCACCGGAGGUGUGGUGCUGCUGGAUGAUCCGCGGUUCUGGGCGGCUGCGCUGGUGUCGAUGGGUGCUGGAUUUUUGGCCCCGAUGCCGUAUAAUUAUUGGCGUUUGGUCCAGUAUGGGAAGAGUUGUCAUUGAUUUUUUCCGGGUAUAAAGUGGUAGCUUGCAUGUGAGAUAGAGUAGAUUGUAUUAGUAUUCAAACUGAAUAUACUCAGCUUCCUGCUAU